GGUGUUAUUGGCAAACGCCUAAUGCCUUUGUGUAUUAAUGCAUUAUUAUGGAAAUAAAUAAGAUUAUAUAUCGACGCGAUCGGAUAUCGCCGAGGCAAAUAAUUUGAUUAUCGAGGUACGAAACCGGUGUUGUUGAAAGUUUAUGGCUAAACAGUCCAAAAGACAAUUGAAUGGAAUAAAAAAUGAAGAACUUCGUUCAUCGACGAAAUGCGUGGUUUAUGGAAAUUAUUGUAUAAACCCCGCUCCAAUUAUGAAAUAAUUUCGAUCAAAGAGGUCGAUCAUUUUUAUUCUGAUGAUGGUGUACUUUGUAGCGGAGUCAAUGACUAGCUCUAAAAUUAAUUCAUGUUCUGAAAUAUGGCCACAUAUUUCAAACGAAUAGAAAACUUGAAGAAGAUUGCUGAUGGAAAGAUAAAUAUUGAUGAAAGACUUUAACUCAGUAUGAAUGGAGAAGUAUUUUAUUUUGAAAAAGCGAAAUUAUUUCGGCUAGCGUUUUUCAUAUAUUCUGCAAUAGUCUAGUAGCAAGUAUUUUAUAUUCUUAAUAAUUGAGUGUUAAAUUGUACGUGUUUUGUAAGGUUGCUUAAACUAAAUGAAAACUCAAAAAUCGAGUAAACUAAUAAAAUUAUAAGUGUAAUUUCUUGAUUUUAAUAGCUCGGUUAGCGAUUAACAAUCAAUGCUAAAAACUAUGUUAGUGUAAAUGCGUGUAAUAUUUAUGCCACAAAACAAACAAUUACACUGGAUAUAACCAUAUUGUAUACGCAACAAGAGCAAAGAUCAUGACGUGCACAGUCACAUGGUGGGAGAUUGCGGUGGGCUUGCUUAUGAACGCGGCACUCGUAGUUUCAGAGUUUCCAGCUUCCGGUUUCAACGUCAAACUAGAUACUCCGGCUCCCGAAUUUCUGCCGAGUCCCUUAAAUGUAACUUUCCGGCGCGGGGAACUGGCAGUACUUAGAUGCAGCGUUUACAAUAUCGGAACCAAAACGGUUGUUUGGAGGCGUCAGGAAAAUUCUUUUCCUCUGACAUCCGGUACGAUGACCGUUGUUGCAGACGACCGGAUACAGAUUGGUCACGUUGACUUCAAGUAUCAAUGGGAUCUAAUGAUCAAAAAUGUGCAACCGGAAGACGAGGGCAUGUAUGAGUGCCAGGUGGCAUCAACCAAUAAGAAUAUGCGCAUAAUGUUCUCUCUUACUGUGAUAGAUUCAAUAGCAGAGGCCACGGAUAUUUCCAUCAGCGAAGAACAGUUUGUUGAACGUGGCGAACCAGUUACGUUACAGUGCAAUGUCACGGGGCAGCACUAUACCCCGGAUGAGAUAGACUGGUUCCGAAACGGCGAAAAAGUAACGUCGGAGAAACGAAGGGGCGUAAAAUUGUUAAAACAUUUAUCAAUUGUUCAUAGGACGUUUUCUAGUAUUUUGAGCAUAGAGAAAGCAACCAUGGAAGACAGUGGAAUGUAUGUUUGUAGGUCGUCAAAUAUGCACAUUGCUAAUACAAAAGUGCACGUUUUAAACGCAGAGACUUCCAAUAAAAAGCGAGGGACAUAUCAUGACGGACUUACUGACGAACAAGUGUCAAAUGGGCAGAAGUCAUCUAUUUCAAAUAUUAGGCAGCCGAUAUUCGCGUUUAUUUGCUUGUGUUAUUUGCCGAUGUUUAAACAUUUCUUCAUAUGAAUGAAGGUAAAAUAACCCUAUGAAGAGAAAUAGUUGGACUGAGACCGGGAAAGUGAUAACAGCGUCGAGACCGCAUUAAACACGAUUGCCAACUGACAGCUUUAAUUUCGGUUUUGGCUUGACGUCUCAACACAAUCCUUAGAAUAACAAACACGCAAAUGUCGAUCUAAACGGAAUGCGUACUACACCAGUGAAUACAAUACAUUUCCAACAAGUUCACAACUCUGAAUUUCUUUCCGAUAAUACUGAAAAUAUUCGGUUAUCGAAAUAUAGCCUUUAAAUCGUAUGCGGGUGAAGACCCGGCUUCAGAUAUCGAUAAUAUACAAACAUGUCAGUCAUUGAAAUGUGUGUGUAUUCCGAAACGUUUUCAAAAACGAAUUUGCGCCAGCUAAUUUCAUAAACAAUAAAUGAUGUUCUACAUUUAUUCCUGCAAUACAGUUAGUUGUAUGGCUUGUAUUUGGGCCUAUUAAUAAUUAUGUUUACUCUAUGGUCAUAUAAAAUAAGCUGUUUAUUCACGAAAGAAGAAUUUACCAUUUCUUUUUAUGACAUCGAGACAAAUAAAAGUAUCUUGCUAUCACAUUUCAUGGCGGCCACAAUGAAUGAAUGAUUUUGAUUUUCUAUACAAGUUGGAUUAUGUCUGGAAAAAUCUUAUUGCAUUAUUGGCUCGUUUUUAUAUAGAUAUAUAAAACUUAUUUAUCGGUUAUGCUCAUUGAUAAAUUAUGAUUUUCUAUUAUUUUAACACGAUUUUCCCGUCACGAUUUUCUAAAAACACGAAUUUUAAGAAUUACCGACUAGAUAUAUUUGCCAUUGUAGAUAUAUUAAAAGAGAUACAGUGAAAAGCAAAGCGUUCAAACAAAUAUAAAUACACAAUUAAAGACAUUAUUCUGCAUAAAACAUUGUUCACAAGAAAAAUAGUUUGGAUGGUAUUACCAUAUUGACCAACUAUAUCAAUGAAGUAAAAUGGUAACUUGAUUUUUUUUUAAACAGUUGCUAUUAUUACUUCCAUAAAGGUUGUCUUCUGAAUUGUAAUAAAGUCAUUUAUCGAUAUAUUUGUAUGCUGAAGUGUUAAACAUUGACAUUAUUUGGAAAGUGUACGGAUGAUACAGAUUAUACACUAUAGACCCGGCUCUUUGAAAUACGCAUUCCAUUACUUACGAAUCAUUAUCUUAUGUUUUUAUAUUUAAGUUUGUUAACAAUGAACGCAUCAUAUUGUUGUAUGGAUUUGCAAAAGAUAAAGCAUUUGAAUAAAUAUACAGAUUUGUGCUUCAUAGUAAGAAAAAUACAAUUUCAAGACAAUCAAAAUUCCAAAACCUUCCGCAAAUUUCCAUUUACUUUAAUCAGAUCACCCAGAUCACGCAUGUGAGUACACAUUUUUUCAUAUUACGUUAAUUUCGUAAUUUAUUUAUUGGAACUAUUAACUGUAUGAUUCGAACCACUGGGUAGACUGAAAGCUUAUAAAAACUGGCCGCUUGUUGUUUAUGUAUACCUGUUAAGUAUUUAUGUUUUUGUAGUCUGAUUGUUCUUUGAAUCUAUGUUCAACACAACAUAUAAUAUGAGACUAAAUAUAGCGUUAAAUCGUGAAUUUUAAGUGUUUAUUGAUACAUCCAGUUAUAUCACAUCUUUUACCAAAUCAUCUCAUUCGAAUGCUGGUUUACAGUGAUUAACUUGCAUGGAACUCAAAAUGUUUACCAUACAAAUAGCACACGAGUUUUUUCCGGAAGUGAGGGUGUCAUUUUGAGCAUGAAAAAAUAGUGGACAAUAGGCUAGGCUAAUCGGCAUAUCAACGAAGAAGGGUAUACA